CCCGUCCGGCUCCGACGCUCGUUUGGUCAAUUGAGAAGCGCGCAUCUUCUCGAGACUCGGCCCCACGGGCGAAUCUAUCCGACAUCGCAACAGCGCUUUCCCAGCACGUCCCCCGGACAUUGUAGCUGGGCGCAAGCGAUCCUCUCGGCCCGUCAUGGCAUUUCUUUUCAAGUCGAAGAAGCAUCAGGACCGCGGACUCUCGAGCCGAGAUGGACCACAGGGCUCGGGGUCGUCGGCGGGGAGCGCGGCCGCGCGCGUGAGAGUAGACAAGGGCUCUCGAUCUACACCUACCGGCAGUCUCCAUUCGCUCGAUAACGACGGCAGUAUGGGCAGCCCCGAGCAGUUCGCCCGCCAAAGAGGCCAGAGCCUGGACCAACAACCGCAAGCCUCUCCCCAGGCCCAAAUCCAGCAGCAGCAUCCGAGCGAACCACCAGUUCGCAAUGGCGCGCCCUCACAACCGGGGCAAAGCCCGAACGCUUCGCUGUACCCGUGGUCACAGCGCCGGUUGACCUACACUUCGUCACACCCGAGUCCAUUCCCGAGAUACGGCGCCGCAGUGAAUUCGGUUUCGUCCAAGGAGGGUGAUAUAUACGUGAUGGGUGGCCUGAUCAACAGCUCUACCGUCAAGGGCGACUUGUGGCUGGUCGAGGCCGGCGCGAACAUGUCCUGCUACCCGCUCGCCACCACCGCCGAGGGGCCAGGCCCAAGGGUCGGCCAUUCGAGCUUGUUGGUAGGGAAUGCGUUUAUUGUGUUUGGCGGGGACACGAAAAUUGAGGAAUCGGAUGUCCUCGACGAGACCCUCUACCUCUUGAAUACAUCGACGAGGCAAUGGUCAAGAGCACUACCUACCGGGCCCCGGCCAUCAGGUCGAUACGGGCACUCGUUGAAUAUUCUAGGCUCGAAGAUCUACGUCUUUGGUGGCCAAGUGGAGGGUUAUUUCAUGAAUGAUCUUGCGGCCUUUGACUUGAACCAGUUGCAGAUGCCCAAUAACCGCUGGGAAAUGCUCAUUGCUAGCAGUGACAGCGGGGCGCCACCGCAGGGGAAACUACCGCCGGCGAGAACAAACCACUCCGUCGUGACUUUCAACGACAAGUUAUACCUAUUUGGCGGCACAAAUGGGUUCAAGUGGUUUAAUGACGUCUGGUGUUACGACCCCAUGACGAAUCUCUGGUCCCAGCUUGAUUGUAUCGGUUACAUUCCGUCUCCGCGGGAAGGCCACGCCGCCGCCAUAGUUGAUGAUGUCAUGUACAUUUUCGGAGGCCGCACGGAGGAAGGGGCAGACCUCGGCGAUUUGGCGGCGUUUAGGAUCAGCUCCCUCCGCUGGUACACCUUCCAAAACAUGGGACCGUCACCCUCACCGCGAUCCGGACACAGCAUGACCGCGGUUGGCAAGACGGUUGUCGUUGUUGGGGGGGAGCCAAGUUCUGCCGCUACCGCCGUCAACGACCUGGCGCUUGUGUACUGCCUCGAUACGACCAAGAUUCGCUAUCCGAAUGACGCAGCCGCAAACCGAGAUGCUCCGAGGAACAGGCGCCCCAGCGAUGUCACAGCCCAGAAUUCGGCCCGAAAUACGCCAUCACGCGACGGCUCGAACGGCCCGCCCGAUUCUAGGAGACAAAUUGGACCACCCAACGCCAUCAACGGGUAUAGGUCACCAACUGGCGAACCUAAUCCAUCAAACGGCCACCCCAACGGCCCUUCCAGGCUUCCGAGGUCCACGGGGCCAGCAGGACCUGCCGGCCCACCGCCCCAGGGACAGGCGCCGAAACCAGGGCUCAGCGCAGCCCCUCCUCCUCGGCCGAGGACCUCCUCAUUGGAACGACCAGACCAGCCUUCCCUCUCCCCCGUGACAUCCCCUAUCCCACAACAGGUUUCAAAUCUCAGGGAAGUCGAAAGUGCUGCCGCCGCAAACGGAAGGCGUACACCCCCGACACAAAACCCACCACGUUCCUCCUCGAGGCAAGCAGACGUUCAGGCAGUCGAUGCGGCGAAGUCGAAACCGACCAAACAAGGGCGAAGCCAAGGAUCCGUUGACAGCUCGACCGAGCCAGCUCUCAAACAGGUCAUACCCCGACCAGCCUCUCCUCCUCCGCCAACUCGGCAACCUAGCAACCCGCUGGGCAGGAGAUCAUCGACGCGGAAUUCCCAAACUGUCGCCCUUCUCAAGGAACUCGAUUCUUCCAGAAACCGUAAUGCCUGGUAUGCGUCGGAGCUCGAACUAGCCCGUAGAGCUGGCUACAUGCCCAAUGCGUCACUGAGCCCAGUACUAGACAACCGCGCCAUGGAAACUUUCGAUGACGAGGACAAACCACUCAUUGAAGCGCUGCUUGCUAUGCGGACGGAACUCGCCAAUGUCCAGGCAUCCGUCGACAAACAGGCAGUUUUGGCGGCCAAACAAAUCGCUGAAGCUGAGAAACAGCGGGAUGCCGCUAUCCAGGAGGCAAUCUACGCCAAGGCUAAAAUGGCAGCACGUGUAGGGGGGAGCGUCAGCAGCACGCCGCAGUUCGAUAGCGAGAAGGAUAUGGACGACCGUGCCGGCGAAAUUGGGAGGAAGCUUGCCUACGCCCUCAACACCCAGAAAGAACUCCAGGAUCAGCUAGACCGCCUCAGCGUCGAGUACGAGGCGGAAAGGAAGGCGCGGAAGCUCGCAGACGACACGGCCAACGCAGCGCACAAGAGGAUGACGGACCUUGAGAACUACAAGCAGCAAAACGCAUCCGAACUCGAGCGGCUCAAGGCCGAGUUGCACAUGACUCAGAGAGAGGCGCGGGAGCAGUCGGUCGCCGCUGUGGAAGCCGUAGCCGCAGCGCAAAUGCUCCGCGUCGAAAAGGAAGAGUUCGAGCAAAAGUACACCGAGGCCGCGGGGAGCUCCAAAGAACACUCCGAGACCUUUGUUAGCUUGCGCGGUGCUGUGGCUGCUUCCGCCGAGACGAAGGCUCUGUUGGAGCGCAAGCUCGACGAGGAGCGGGCUCUCAGGGAAACGGUCGAGUCAAAGCUCAACAAGCUCAAGGCCGAACACGAGGCGCGGACCGCCGAGCUUGUUGCCGCGACGCAGCGCUUACGAGACACCGAGGAGCUGGCGGAGCAGCACGCUAACGAGGCGCGGGUGCAUCGCGAAGCCGUGAUGGCUGGCUUGGAUAAGAUGUCGAUGAAGGACACUGCCAAGUCGGUCACUGGCGAUACCGAACGGAUCCGUGCUCUCCAGGGACAGGUUGACGCAGCUAAUGCCUUGGUCAGGAAGUACCAGCAGGAAGCGGAUAGUGCGGCAGACAAACUACGGGGUGCGGAAGAGCGCAUCGCUGGACUCGAGGCAUACCAAGAACAGGCCAGCCGCGAGGGCGUGUCCAUUCGUCGGCAACUGCAGAACGCUCUGAGGGACACGCAAUCUCUCCAGGCCGGAAACUCGGAGCUCAAGCAGCAACUGUCCAAGCAACACCUUGAGAGCAAUGCUAUGCUUGUCCAGUACAAUGCUUUGAAGGAUAUCCUCGGCGAGCGAGGGAUUUCACCCACCGUGGCUAUGCGGUCGCGUAGCAGCCCACGGGGUAGCCCCCGCGAAGGGUCGCCCGAGCAGAUGCGUCUGCGGGAGCUCGAGCAGCAGCUCACCGCAGCGCAGUCGGCACUCGAAGAGAGCAGAACCCAGGCCGCGGCCCAGGCGCAAGAGUCAGAGUCAACAUACCGCGACAAACUCGCCCAGCUCGAUAACGAUUAUCAGUCGGCCGUGCAUUACGUCAAGGGCACGGAGAAGAUGCUGAAGCAGCUUAAGGAGCAGAUCUCGCGGUACAAAACCGAGAACGCCAAAUUGAAGGAGCAGGUGGUCGAUCUGGAAGAGCGGCUGGGCGGCGACUCCUCGACACCCAGGACCCAGCAGGCCCCCGCAGAUUGGGAAACGCAACAGAAAACUUUCCAGGCCGAGAUCGAUAGGCUCCAGACUGAGCUCCACAAAACCGCCUCCGGGCUAGAACAACAAGUCCAGUCCGUCCGACAAGAGCUCGCCAACGUCCAACGCGAACGCAACUCGGCCGUCCACGGCAGCGAGGAGGCGCGCCGCCGCCUAGAAUCUUCCAAGCGCGACCUGGAGCAACUCCAGCAGGAAAACGCUCUCCUCGAGCGCCGCGCCCAGGACGCCGAGCAAAAGGUCAGCACGCUCCUCGACCAAGUAGAGCUAUCGGUAGACAACUACCGCCGCCGGAGCAGGCAAGUCCCCAGCCUCAACUCGGAAUCCAUCGGCAUGGCCACCGCCAGCCCGACCAACGGCGGCGACAACGGCAACGGCAACGGCAACCACCACCACCGCAUGCCCGGCCACCUGCGCCAGGAGUCCACCGCCAGCGAAGCGGAGAGCCUCUACGACCCCGCGGCCCCGAGCACCACCGUCACCACAACUGCCGGCGGCGUCGGCGGCGGCGGGGGCAGCGGGCUGGGCGAGGCGCGCAACAGCGCCGCGCUGGACAGCCUGGCCAACGAGCUGGAGACGCUGCGCAGCCACUGGGAGACGACCAACAAGAACUACCGGCUGAGCAACACGUUCGACUUCGACGCCAACCCGGUCACGGCGGCGGCGGCGGCCAACGCGGCGGCCGGGGGCCGCAAGGACGAGGGCGCCGGCCUGGGCCUGAGCGAGAGCCUGGCCGAUUGGCGCAAGAGGCUGGAUGAGAGCCAUCCGGAUAGUCCGGGUGGUGGGAAGUGAGUAGAUUGAGAAAGGUGGGG